CAGGGGCCAAGUGGAUAAUCAAUAUGGAGCAAGGGAGGAAUGAUGGGACGUAUUUCUCUCCUUCAACGAGGAAAUUGGAUCGAGAUUGACCUACUUGGACAUGCAUGCGUGCUUUCGACAGAUCUAAACGAGGGAGACGAGAAGCGUCGAACAAUAUCGAUCGGAGAUCUAAACUAAACUGAACAUACAAGUACACAAGACCCUUGGAUUGCAUGGAUGCCUUCUCCACCUACCCCUUGUGGAAUGUCCAAUCCCCACCUACAGGCCUGGAGUUGCCACAGGCAGUUUGGGUUACUAAUCCAAUUGGUUAGGGUUAUGAUGAAACCAAAUUUUUUUCGCGGUUUAGAGAUAUGUUGGUCCUGUGUCAUUUCGAUACUCCUAAUUUCUAUUCUGUGAACGGUGUCGUUCGUUUUGUUGUCCGUCGAGGCCUUCUGUAUUGUAGUGAGAGAGUGCACUUCGCACUGCUGCAGCGGCAGCAGUGCGAAGAAAACUCAUGAGACGAUGGAGAAUCGCAGUCGCGGGCAUUCUCUUUCGGAUCACAUCUGUGUCGGCUCAAAGAGCCGCAGGUGCGCUCCGCCGGGAUGGAGUCUCCGGGCGAAUAAUGUUCUCCUGAGCUCGAAGCUCUCAGAGCAAAGCGCGCGGUCUUCGAUGCACAGGUUCGAAUCACGGACCUGACUCCAGCAAGCCAAAGGACGAGAAAACCUAGAGCGAAUUUACACGAGCCACCUGUUGCCAACCGUGUGUUGCUUGCCUCCUUUCUCGCUCGUACUGGCACCACGGGCUACGGGAAAUGGCUCGGUCUCCAGUCUCGGAGGUCGACGCUGCCUAGUCCUAUUCAACGAAACGGAUGCCCUCACGCCAAAUCUCGGCUCUCGUGGUCGUCGGUCGUCCCACAAUGGCAGGCCCGGAUUGUAUUACGCAAGACGUUAUACCGGUCGUCUACAUACAGAAUUGUUGUACUGUAACCCACUUAAAUGGCAUGUCGGUCAAAUGAGUGACUGAUGAGUGAACUCGAUGACCGAUCCGGAGCGAGCAUAAGAUUGCCCACGGGCUCGUCGUCGUCCACAAUCGUAUUCUUGCAGCGAACGCGGAUGAUUCGAAGCACUUGCCCGGACUAUUAGGGUUGGCCUAGACGGAGCUCGACCGAGCAGAGAGUGACUGGAAAUCGGGACCAUCAUCCGCUCGCGGCGACGCCACAGAGAUAUAUUCUUCAAUGCGUGCCUCGUCCGGGAUCGAGGAGGAGGGGCCUGUCUUGGUGCGCGCUAAAAGCUUGAGGGAACACUUGCAAAUGGCGGACGAGAGUGCGGUACACAGUCGGGACACAGGAGGAGUUUAUCACGAACGCCAGCGUCUGCAACUCUGCCUCCUGCACGCGUUGAAUAAUCUGCUCCAGGGCGAGAAUGCUUUCACACGGAAGGAGUUAGAUGACAUUGCCGAUAGAUUGCCGGCAAUGACUUCCAGCAGUGAGAGAUGGCGUCCGUGGUCUCUGAUCUUAAAGCGACAUCGGAACUCGCUGACCGGGGAUUACGACGUGAACGUCCUAAUCGCUGCUCUCGCCAGUAGACAAAAAGACGUCAAAUGGUACGAUCGGCGAAAAGGUGUCCAGGGCCUGAAUGUCGAUGAGUACGGAAGCCAGCUCGUAGGAAUUAUAGUGAAUGUACCGAGCAAAAGAUUUUGGAACUUGUGGACAGGGCGGCAUUGGGUGGCUCUCCGAGCAGUGAAUGGGCGUUGGUACAAUUUGGACAGCGAUUUUCCAACUCCCAGAGCUUUUGCACAUGGGGAAGCGGACCUCAAGAAGUAUCUGGAGGCAGUGUUCGCGGAAAGCGGUGAAGUUCUGAUUGUUACCGAGGGAAAAGCCGAUGGUGCGUAGUGAGGGCCAUCCUGGAGUUCAACAACUGAUUAUCUUUUGCACUAUUCUGAGGAUUUAGGUUAGCUCUUGGACGACGAACUGGACGAAAAAUCUUACGGGGAUCAUCGCUCCCAUCGUGUGUAACCCGAAAUCGAACAUUUUGAGAUUCUUGCUUCAGGCAAUCGCAGGAAUUACAUGUCUAGAGCAAUACACAGAAAGAACUCUGCAGAGCAUCGCAUUCCUUGUGUAGGAGAGGCGUCGGCGGCCAGUAGUUGAUUGCUCUCUCCAUUGCUCAGAGAAAACCAUGUGAUCUAAUCUUCUAUUUCCUUUAUAAACCAGAGUUUUGCACCGGGUGAAGUAGAGAAUGGCUUAAACCCCCGUCUGAUUGUGGAAUCACGGUUUCUUUCUUCGUUAUCGUACAAUUUCAGGGACAAAGAUACGGGAGUCGUUGCUUUCUGAUCAGCAAUUGUUGUAAAUUUGAACAAGCUGAGUGUUCGUUUUUCGAAUAGUGAUUUUUCGAAAGUAUUUAGACCCGCACUUGUUUUUGUCCUGUGGCUGGACCUUCGCAUCAGUAGCGAACGCUGCACAAGAGUUCAGAGGUUCUAGUGCUCCGUCGUUUCAGUUUCGUCUUCUCCCCUAGGCUCAAGAGACCAGAUUGAGGCGAUGAGACAUACCAAAUUCCGACCAAAAUAAUGCACCGGAACUUUGGCUGACGCAGAAGUUGACAAGGAUUUUCGCUCCUUCGCUAGCACACCCGUUGACCAAAACGCUGGUACCCCGAGGCUCUGUAAUUCAGUGCUGGAUGUACACACCUCAUCACGAGGAUAUUCCUCCUUCAGACGACUCAGACCUUUUUUUAUGGUCAAUGCGGAUCCCACUCGAUGUCCACUCGAGUGACCGUUAUUCACAAUUCACCGCUUGACCGCACUCCUCUGUAUGCAGUUCUUAAAAUCACCCUAAGUUGGGACUAUUACUUCAGCUGAACGGUGUUGUGUUGCUUGAAGUCUGAAAGCUGGUAAAUUGCAAUCUCUUGGGGCUAUGUUGUUGAUACAUCUCACGCUCUGAUACGGCUGCAGUUCAAAGCUUAGAGUUGAAAUGGACUCGGAUUCAAGGCACGUCUGUGUUUAAUCUUUGAUCCGCAAUCGAUCCAGUUAUAUCGUGCCGACCGAUGACAUGAUCAUGUGCCAAUCCUUCUGAAGAAAUCCAGUGUUCAUCUGAAUCUUCAC